AUGGUCAAUGAUCGAUGGACAAUCAUGAACAGUGUGUCAGAACUCGAAGAUGGACAACAGCAUAAAUCUCAGAGGAUGGGCUGUAGCUAUUUCCUGUGCACCAUUCUGUUCUUCGUGGCCGUCCUCCUGGCCAUCAUGGCAACUGGUACCAUCCUACUCAUGAACCACUACCAAGCUCCACCCCCCGGCACCAACGACGGCCCCCCACUCAUCUCCACCAACCACGACGAGGGCAACGCCCUGGUGACGGUUGAACGGGGCGAUGGUUCGCGCAUCAACAUCUUCAUCGACCCCAACUGCCCCGACUACAACAACAACUUCAUGCGGCUGGAGGCCGUGCAGACGUCGCUGCUCCACUCUCUGACCGGCCAUGACACAGACCUGAAGUCAGUGAAGGGCCAGGACCGAGCCCUGCUGGUGAAGCUGGCUGAGGAGGUGGCCAUGCUAUCGGGCCACGCCAGCCAGCUUAAGUUGGAGUACGAAUCUCUGAGGCGAGGCCAGGGGAACCUGGGACAAGAGCUCAACACUCUGCAGACGGAGCAAGGCCGGCUUAUCCAGCUGCUGUCCGAGAGCCAGAUCAACAUGGUGAAGGUGGUGAACUCCGUGAGUGAUACACUCAACUCCAUGCAGAAGGAGACAGGGAACCUGAAGAGCAAGCUGAAGGCAGACCUCCAGAGAGCACCUGCCCGUAGUACUCGGCCCAAAGGCUGCUCCAAUGGUAGGCCUAUGGAUAGCUCUAGACCUCGGGACUGCAGUGAUAUCUUCACCGGUGGCCAGCGGGAGGAUGGGAUCUACUCUAUCUUUCCCACACACUACCCUGCUGGCUUCCAGGUCUUCUGUGACAUGACAACGGAUGGAGGAGGAUGGACGGUCAUUCAGCGCAGAGAGGAUGGCGCAGUGAACUUCUUCCGAGCAUGGGACGCAUACCGCAACGGCUUCGGCAAGAUUACUGGAGAGCACUGGCUUGGUUUGAAGAGGAUGCAUGCCCUGACCAUCCAAGCCAACUACGAGCUGCGCAUUGACCUGGAGGACUUUGAGAACAGCACGGCCUUCGCCCAGUACGGAGCCUUUGGAGUGGGACUGUUCUCCGUUGACCCGGAUGAGGAUGGAUACCCGCUGACUGUUGCUGAUUACUCAGGCACUGCAGGUGACUCAAUGCUCAAACACAACGGGAUGAAAUUCACCACCAAGGACCAAGAUAACGACCACUCAGAGAACAACUGUGCCUCCUUCUACCACGGUGCCUGGUGGUACCGCAACUGCCACACGUCCAACCUGAAUGGACAGUACCUGCGUGGGCCGCACACCUCCUACGCCGACGGCAUUGAGUGGUCCUCCUGGACGGGCUGGCAGUACUCCCUUAAAUUCGCUGAGAUGAAGAUUAGAGCCACAACAGAGGAGAACAAAUGA